UUGAAAUCUAACAUCCAUCAUCGAAAUUUAAAAAAUAAAAAAUAUUUUAUGACGGCCACAGCGACAGCUAAUAAAGCUUAUCAUCCUCUACCAAUCAAUCCAGCUGCUCACGUUCAAUCAAAUUCACAGUCUGAAUCUGAGCGCUUACAACGUCAGAAACCCUGUCGUACUUUAUUCGUUAGAAAUAUUUCAUACAAUGCAGACCCUUUAAGCGUACGAACGCCUUUUGAAUCUUACGGUGAAUUGGCAGAUUUCUUCGAUUUGAUUGAAAAACGUGGUAUGUGCUUUAUCACCUAUUUUGAUCUCAGAUCAGCAGAGAACGCUUUCAACGCUAUGCAGGGAUCUCAGAUUCAGUCGAGACCCCUUGAUGUACAUUACUCCCUCCCAAAAGCCGACGAGACUCAACAACCCUGUGAAAGGGGUAAGCACCAAGGCACUCUCUCUGCAUGGUUAGAAUCCGCUAGUGAGCCUAUAAAUGAUAGCGAAUUUUACAAUCUUCUCUCUGAAUUUGGUGAAAUAAAAGAGAUUAGACCCUAUGAUGAUAGAGACGAUAGCAGAUAUGUUGAGUUUUUUGAUAGUAGAGCUGCAAUUUCUGCUUUUGAUAACUUGAAUGGCUCUGAUUUUCAAUCCGGGAAAUUAAACCUUUACUUUGAAUGGGAUUGCCCAAUGCUAGCUGCACCAAGUAGGUCUGGUGGUUACGCCAACCUGAUUGCUCCUGAGCAGGAUAUUGAUAAGCCGGCGAGAGAUUUUAGUAACAAUGCCGAUGCCAACGCCAAGAAUCCUUUGCAGAAGAGAAGGCGCGGCGGUAGACGUCAGCAGCGAAAUGAGAAACGCUCGAAAUGGCACAAAGAUAGAGAUCCUAGAGGUAAUGAUGCUCCAUUGGGAGAAAAUAGUGAGAGUAACAUUCGUAAUGCAUAUUCAAAUCGCGUAAACAACCAUUAUCAACAACCUUAUGGAGGAUACAAAGCUCCAGCAUCGACAUCGACCCCGUAUGCUUAUGGAUCACAGCACAACACUGAUCAGACGGCUAGAUUAGCGGAUGCACAACGAGUGCAAGCCUUAUUGAGUAGCUUGAACCCAAAUACGCUGAAUAUGGCUGCGGCAGCAACGCCGACGCCUGCUCCUGCUCCAAUUCCAGUACCACCGCCAACUGCUCCGAUGAUGGCAGCUCCGAUGAUGCCUCAGCCGGUCCCAACACCAUAUUUCGCGAGUCGGUCGCCGCCAACGCAGCAGCCACAAAGUAGUCUUCCCGCCAACGUUAUGAGUUUGCUUCAAGCAGCUAGCAGUAAUGUGAACAACUCGAGUGGAUAUCCGUCAGGCUAUCAAGCGAUGCCUUCGUAUAACAGCUAUCAACCUAUGCCUUCAGUACCCUCAUUACCUUCAAUGCCACCACCACCGCCAGCUCAACCAACACUUCCAGCAGCGAGAGAUCCUCGAGUAGCACAGCAACAGACAGCACCAGUGCCAGCUCCUGCACCUUCUGCAUCACCCCAGGACGCACCGAAUCCACAAUCCGUUCAAGCUUUGCUAUCAAUGUUAAAUAACCAAUAG